GCUCUAUGGGGACAAUCAGGGUCGUUUGUUAUUUUUCUUCUCCCCCCCGCCACUUUUUUUUUUUUGGUUCCGGGUCUGUUCUAGCUAAAGUGUUCCGAGCUGCUUUUAUGGCCUGCUGCUAACGGCCCCCUGAAGGAAGGACGGAGCCUGAGGCGGCCGGAGCGGAUCCCCGGGACCAGGCAACCGCCCUCCCGCCGGCCUCAGGCUCGAAAAGCAGUUGUCAUGCUGUCUUAUGUACAAAAGUUCCACUGUUUAGGGAAACUGUUACGUAAAGUAAGCAGUGCUGCAGUGUAGUAAUAUUUGAUAAAAACGUACCAAGCCAACGCCAAAAUGAGCAAACGAACAAGCAGUGACAUGCCUAUAGGAAGGAUGAGUGCAGCAGCAUUUCCAUCUCCAGCUGCUGAAAUGGCAGAAAUGAAUAGAAUUCAAUAUGAAAUGGAAUAUACUGAAGGGAUCAACCAGAGAAUGAGAGUUCCAGAAAAGCUCAAAGUCGCUCCACAAAAUGCUGACCUUGAGCAGAGUGUUGAUGAUGGAGGACUUCCGCAUGCCAGUGUAACAAUGCAGGUGCCAGAACGGAUUGUAGUGACAGGCACUAGUGAAGACAUUCCACUUUCCAGGCCACCAGAUCUAGAUCUUCUCCAGUCAACUCCAUUCAAGCCUCUGUCACUGAAAACACCUCCACGCGUUAUCUCACUCAGUGAGCAACCACUAGAUUUCCUGGAUCUAGAGAGGGCUCCUUCUCAGACUCCUCAAAAUGAAGAGCUUCGCUUAGUAGGAAGGCUGAAAAGAGAACGUUCCAUGAGUGAAAAUGCAACUCGUCAAAAUGGUCAAUUGAUCAGAAAUGAAUCUAUUGUGACACCAUCACCUCAACAGAUUCGUGUCUGUCCUCCUCAAAUGUUCUCUGAAGAUGGGACUAAUCUUUACUCUGCUCGGGGCAUUUUGUCGCUUAUCCAGUCUUCUACCCGUAGGGCUUACCAGCAAGUCUUGGAAGUGCUGGAUGAAAAUCGCAGGCCAGUGUUACGUGGUGGGUCGUCUGCUGCCACUUCCUCUAACCCUCAUCAUGACAGCGCCAGAUACACUCUUUCAAAUGUGGAUACAACAUUUGAGGGAACACCAGAAGAUAUGACAGUUGUGGAUGCUGCUUCUUUAAGACGACAGAUAAUCAAACUUAAUCGCCGUCUACAGCUUCUGGAAGAAGAAAACAAAGAACGCGCUAAAAGAGAAAUGAUCAUGUACUCAAUUACUGUCGCUUUCUGGCUACUAAAUAGCUGGCUUUGGUUUCGGCGCUAGAGAUGUCCAUAAUACUUCGAAAAAAAUUGAUUGGAUGGUUGGGAAAUAUAAUUUGCAAAGUCCUUUGUUUCUAUUUCUGAAUUGUAUGGUGACUUAUGAUCCAUGCACUGGAAACUUCUGCCACAGUAGACUGCUGUAACAUAAUAGUACAGUGUUAAAGGGAUACCUGGACAAUUCUAUUUAUUUUUUCAUAUUUGUUGUAACAUCUGGUUACCCCCUUUUGCAUGCCUCGAUGUACAUUUGAAUUGAAUUAUUUUGCAAAAGGAAUUGCCUUGUUUCAACCUAAUGAAGGUGUCCUGCUGACAACUCUGUCAGAAGAAGAAAACGUUGGAUUUUUUAAAAAUUCUGCAAAAUAGCAUAACUUAAAGUAUGAAUUUCUCAUUGUUGUUCCAUUAUUAAAUGCAGCAGCUUUAUAGCUAACCUCAUUGCACUUGUUUUCUUUUAGCCAAAUUGAACACAGUAGUCUGCCAGAUUAGCAUCCUAGCUCAUGCGUAUCUCUUCUUCAAGCACAUGUACAUAUUGACUAAAAUACAUUACUUGCUAAUAUGUCAACAGAAUAUCUAGAGGUGUAUGUAAGAUGUGUUUUAGCUUUAGUUUUGCAAAUGUUUUUUCUAAAUAAAUGAAUAAAUACAUUUUUAAGCAAGUCGACAGAUCACAUAAGUGAUCUAAAGAUUAUGGCAGAAAUAACAAUGGGGAUGUAUUUAAUAAAACAGUCAACCCAAA